AUUUCUUUUACACUCCUCUUGGCAUUGCUGCUUUCGAUUGAACGAUGUUUCUUCAUAGAAAGCCGAAGGCAAGAAAGAGUUGAUGACUUCAACUCGAUACCGCUCCUUUUUUUUGGAACUUGUUCAAUGUACCAAACAGAAAAACCUGCUGAGAGGUCGUGCAGUCCACGGUCGAAUAGUACAAAGUGGCUCAUCUUCUUGCGUGUACCUUUCGAACAGCCUCGUCAACUUGUACGCCAAAUGCGGGGACUUAUCCAAAGCCAAACGUGUAUUUGAAAAUAUACAAGACAAAGAUGUUGUCUCAUGGAACUGUCUUAUCAAUGGGUACUCUCAACAAGGCCCGACAGGAUCCUCGUUUGUCAUGGAACUCUUUCAGCGAAUGCGAGCAGAGAAUGUCUUGCCUAAUGCCCACACCUUCGCUGGCGUUUUCACAGCUGCAUCAAACUUGUUGGAUGUUUUUAGCGGGCUGCAAGCUCAUACACUCGCAAUUAAAACCGACAGCUUUCAUGACAUCUUUGUUGGGAGUUCUCUUCUUAAUAUGUACUGCAAAUCUGGUGUUUUGUCUGAGGCUCGGAAGGUGUUUGAUCAAAUGCCAGAGAGGAAUUCGGUUUCUUGGGCUACUAUGAUUUCUGGGUACGCAAUGCAGAGGUCUGCUGUGGAGUCCUUUGAACUUUUUGAUUUAAUGCGCCAAGAAGAUGAGAAGGAGAACGAGUAUGUAUUGUCUAGCGUCCUAAGCGCUUUGGCUGAUCCUAAGGUUCUUAAAACUGGUAGGCAAAUACAUAGCCUCACGGUUAAAAAUGGUUUAUUAGUGUUUGUAUCUGUUGGGAAUGCUCUUGUUACAAUGUAUGGGAAAUGUGGGAGCUUGGAUGAUGCACUUAAGACAUUUGAAUUAUCAGGUGAUAAAAAUUCGAUUACAUGGUCAGCAAUGAUCACUGGUUAUGCACAAAGUGGGGAUUCCUUAAAGGCUCUCAAGUUGUUAUCGAGUAUGCAUUUUGCUGGGAUAAUGCCUAGUGAAUUUACCCUUGUUGGGGUUCUUAAUGCUUGUAGCGAUAUCAGUACUAUUGAAGAGGGAAAGCAAGUGCAUGGUUACUUGUUGAAAUUGGGAUAUGAAUCACAAGUAUACAUAAUGACAGCUUUGGUUGAUAUGUAUGCAAAAUGUGGUAGUAUAUUAGAUGCUCGGAAGGGGUUUGAUUAUUUACAAGAACCUGAUAUGGUAUUGUGGACUUCCAUGAUUGGAGGAUACGUACAAAAUGGGGAGAAUGAAAAUGCAAUGAAUUUGUAUGGUAGAAUGAGGAUUGAGGGGAUUAUGCCUAAUGAGCUUACAAUGGCUAGUAUUCUUAAAGCUUGUUCAUGUCUUGCUGCUUUAGAGCAAGGAAAGCAAAUCCAUGCCUGCACCAUUAAGCAUGGAUUUGGUUUGGAGGUUCCAGUUGGAAGUGCUCUUUCAACCAUGUAUGCAAAGUGUGGGAAUCUGGAAGAUGGGAGCCUUGUCUUUAGGAGGAUGCCAUGGAGAGAUAUAGUGUCAUGGAAUGCAAUGAUAUCAGGGCUUGCUCAGAAUGGGCAUGGUAAUGAAGCUCUUGAGCUUUUUGAGGAGAUGCUGCUGGAAGGCACAGAACCAGACUAUGUUACAUUUGUUAACAUUAUUUCUGCUUGUAGCCACAUGGGAUUGGUGGAAAGAGGUAGGGCUUAUUUCAGCAUGAUGUCUGAUAAAUUUGGAAUUGUUCCAAGAGUUGAGCACCAUGCUUGCAUGGUUGAUAUGCUGGGCCGUGCAGGGAAGCUCGAUGAAGCUAAGGAAUUUAUUGAAUCAGCUACCAUAGACCAUGGCAUGUGUUUAUGGCGUAUUCUAUUAAGUGCUUGUCGGAACUUCCGCAAUUAUGAACUGGGGGCAUAUGCAGGAGAGAAACUAAUGGAGUUGGGAUCUCAAGAAUCAUCUGCUUAUGUUUUAUUGUCAAGUAUCUAUGUAGCCUUGGGCAGGUUGGAAGACGUGGAGAGAGUCAGAAGGAUGAUGAGACUUAGAGGGGUGAACAAGGAACCUGGAUGUAGCUGGAUUGAACUUAAAGGCGGGGUUCAUGUGUUCGUUGUAGGAGACCAGAUGCAUCCAGAAAUAAAAGUGAUACGUGAAGAGCUAUGGAUGUUAAGCAAACAAAUGAAGGAUGAAGGUUACCAACCCUCUGAUUCAGUUUCUGCAACUUCUUAUAAUGAUCAGGAAUUAAUUGCUGCUUGUAUUUGAUAAUUUAUCUCAUUCUUUGCUUAAUUCUUUUCUACAUAAUUUUCAACAUAGUAACGCAACUUAAUUUAACAUCGGGAUUUGUAUCUUUAUGAACAAGUGGCAAAUUCAAAUGCUUUUAGUAUCUCAUUCUGUGCUAGAUACACUCAGUAUAAAAGUCAGGGAUCAAGUUGGUUUUCAAACCCUGCAAUUGGCAUGAUAUGCCAGAUUAUAGUCUUUGAAGAGCAACAAGAGAGUAGAAAUGCCGCCAUUAAUGUUUUUAUGGAAAUACAGG